AUGGAUGACCAAUUUUUACUUCGUCGUGCUGAUAUUUAUGAUAUCAACGCCUUAUCUCAACUUUCUCAAAAGACAAUCCGAGAAACAUUUGUAGAAGACUUUUCUAUUCCUUAUCCUGAAAACGAUCUUGAUACAUAUUUUCGUUCAUCAGCUAGCCCAGAAAGUUUUGCUAAGAAAAUAACUGAUUCAAAACGAGCUGUUUGGGUAAUACAAGAUAAAAGAAAUGGUGAACUUGUCGCUUACGCUGUUGCUGGUCCUUGUGAUGAUAUUCCUCAUCCUGAUGUUUGUUCAAAUCAAGAUGGACAACUUAACGCACUUUUUGUCCGACGUGAUCAUCGAAAUCAUGGGUUUGGUAAACAAUUUAUGAACCUUGCAUUACCCUGGUUAGAUGAACAUUACCCGGGACGACCUAUGUGGCUCACUGUAUGGUCCGGUAAUUUUAAAGCACAAAAGUUUUAUGCAUACUAUGAUUUCAACAAAGUCGGUGAAUUCGAUUAUCCUGUCGGACAAUGGAAAGAUCUUGAAUUUAUCAUGAAACGUCAAAGACCUACAUUAUAG